AUGUCUUCAAACCUAAGUCAUCUCAGGACAGGGCAGUUGAUAAAGGAUCCUCAAUCUUCUUCUGCAUGGCAAGCGUCCUUGUAUGAGCUCGAGACGCUUCUUCGAACCAUUCCACGUCUCCAAAGCGAGAAAUACUCGGAGAUCUGGUUACAAGUUGCUCAUCUCCUUGUUCAGAAAUUCCCAUAUCUAUCUUGCUGGAUUCAGGAUAUAUCACACAAUCGAUUAAAUGACGAGGUACUCAGCAAUGACAAAAUCAUUCUAUGUGGUCUCAAUUACCUUGAUUAUGACAUAUUGAUGUGGAUAAGUUAUUUACGCUCCCAACUACUUCAUUCGCAGCACAACCACAACUAUAUCCUUGAGUUGUUUGAGGAGGCUCGCUAUAAAGUCGGUAUGAGCUAUUAUUCAUCUGAGCUUCAUCAACUAUACAUCACUUUUCUUCAGCAAACUUAUUCUGACGCGGGAGAGUUUGUCACAAAAGUCCAGUCUUUAAACGCUCAAUGCGCCAUGGCUCCUCACUAUAACCAUGCUAUUUUUCAGUCCAAUUUACGAUCCCAUUUUCCAUCGAAGGGCUCAACUAAGGAGCUACUAUUAAACCAUAACCACUAUGACACCAUCUCCAACCAAAAACUUCUAAAUUCUUUGAUAUUUCCGUUCGAGAGAGACCUUGUCAACUUUACUGGCAGUUCAAAUAAUCAAGGCCUAGCUUUAUGGCUCAGGUAUUUGGAGAGUCUGAAAAACACAUUUGGUCCUGUAUUUGUGAUUCCCUUAUUCGAAAGAGCUUUGAUUUCCACCGAGUACUCCCUCAAGAUUGUAGACGAAUACGUCGAGUACACUGUUUCCUUGAAGUUGUUGCAGCGAGCGCGGUCAAUCUUGAAGCGUGCGUUACAUCGAACGAGAGUAUCAUGUCACGCCCAAUUUUUGUUACAGUUAGUAAAGUUGGAAGUUUUUGACGAAAAUUAUUUAAAGGCCAGAGACUACCUAGCUCAAGCCAUUAGCUGUAAUACUUCAGCUUCUAAAACUCUCCAUGAACUUUUACUUGCUCUUGAAGAGUUGUACUCUUGUAAAUAA